UAUUCAGUUGCGGACGGACCGUCACAAGCGUUGCACGUAAGUGAGGGCAUCGACUGUGUAAACAAAGUUGAGUGAAACUCGUGUUUUGAAAUGCGCGAAGUGCAGAGAGGGUGAAAGAAUCGCUGCGCGUGCGAUUAAAAGUAUAAAAAAUAAUAAUGAAUUUACCACGAACUUCAUCGGCAGGCGGCAUAUUUUAUUACUUUAGCUGAGCAUUAUCUGACGCGACCUCCUGUUCGACGCCAACGCUCAGAGAGGCUCCCUUAGGAGUCUGUCCUGAGAAUGGAAGAGAAACAUCGGAAUAUCCUACUCCAAGUGCAACCAGCGAUCGUCCGUGAUCUCGACUAUCAGAAUGUCCUUGACACGCUGGUUGCAGAGAACAUCAUCACCUUGGCAUCCAAUGAAGAGAUUCUUAAUGCAGGAAAUCGAGAGUUGCAAAUCCGGAAGCUGCUAUCUCACCUACCGGGACGCGGUCCGAAGGCUUAUUCCAUAUUUAAAGAAGCUAUGCGACUAAAUUAUGAUUGGAUCAGCAAAGAAAUGGAUGAGCUCGAAGAGAAUUUUGACAGUGUAGAUUCAUUAGAUGCUCCCGUAGGACAAAACGUCCCACACCCGCAUCUUCCUGCAAUUCCAUCGCUAAAUGUGUCAAGGACAAGAAAGAUGGAACAGUUGCGCAAAGGGCUGGAAGAGUUGAAACCAAGUAAUUACCUGGCUCUCCAUGCGCUGCCAGGAUAUGGUAAAUCAACUUUGGUCAGUGAAACUUUACAGGACGAUGAUCUUGCUACUGAUUUAUUCCAGAAGGAAAUGUACUGGAUUAAAUUUGGAUCGGAACAAUCAGUCGCAGAGAACAUACUCACUCAGUUGAACAUGCUUUUUCACCGAGUGAGAAAUCUGGAUCUGUUGACAGAACCGACUAGUGAAGACUCUCUCAAAUAUUUUCUGAGGCACCAUUUUUCCAAACAUAAUCAUGCCCUGUUAAUACUGGACGAUGUUAAUCGGCGCGAAAUUAUCGAAGCAUUUGAUUUUGGAUGCAAGACUCUUGUCUUGACAACUGACACAGACAUACUGAGAGGAAAAAAAUGCGAUAUCAUUGAGAUGAACGAGGGCUUCACCCCGAAAGAAUCGCUUGCCUUGUUUGCCAAAGCUAUCGGUGUCGAUGCCUCGGAGCUGCCCAAACAGGCUCGCCAGAUACACGAGGAAUGCAAGGGAAUGCCUCUUAUGAUCGCGAUGUUUUCAGCCCAAUUUGAAGAUGUCAAAGAGAGUCUUAUCGAAGGUGAUAAAAGGGCUGACACGUGGUCUUACUACCUCGAUGCAUUGAAGAAGAAGAAAUCUGCCGUUUUGCAAGAGAGUCUCGACAAGUUGAAAGCGAUAUUCGAAAUGUGCAUAAAUAAGCUUUCCAAAGACGAAAUACAUUACUAUGAAAUGUUUGCUAUAUUCCCUGAAGACGUGAACAUCACAACAAAGACAUUGUCAAUAUUUUGGGAUCUGGAUCCACCAGAAGUCGAUUUGAUAAUGUCUAAAUUUUGCAAAAAAUCAAUGGCCGUGAGACAGUGGCAUGUACAUCUAAAAACAUAUAUAUACGGUGUUCACGACUUGGUGCUGCGUCACCUUCGAGACAAAUUGACAGCAGAAUCCUUAAUAAAUCUCCAUAAGACUUAUGUGAAUAAAAAUUUUGAGGCAUGCAACGGGAAAUUGUCAAAUCUCCCAAAGGACAAUUACAUCUAUUCUUAUAUUGGACACCAUAUGGAAGAGGGAGAGUUACUAAAAAAAUUUCCGGAAGUUUAUCUUAAUUUUAAAUUCAUCGAGGCAAAAAUCUACCAUAUCGGUCCUGGUGAUCUUCUAAUUGAUUUAAAAAAGUACAGAAAACACAUUACCCAGGAAUCUCCAGAGCUCUUGGAUAAGGUUACAGAUCUUGAGAAAUUCCUCGUACAACAGGCCUCAACCCUCGCCGAAUAUCGAAGACGGAACUGCCUUGACCUUGUUCAAGUGGCCCUGAAACACCCAUAUUCGGGCUUUGUCAGAGACAUGGCUGAGUCUCUGGCAAAUGAGCGACAGAGCAGCCUCUAUUUAAGCCAUUUGAAGAACAACAAUCAGAAUUUGAAUUCUCUGAGCGAUGAAUUAUACAUGCAGGUGCGAUCUGUCGCUUUUACUAACGAAGCUAGUGUGAUCCUCAUAGGAAAUGACAUGGGAGAAGUUGUGUUGUGGAACUGCCACGACGGGCACCACGUUGUUUUUUAUGGGAACAAUAGGGAUUAUUCCAUCCGAAAGAUUAUCACUCCGAGGAACGGAGAGUACUUUGUCUCUAUUAGCGAAGACGGUACAGCAAAGUUAUUCGAUCUCAGCAAACAACGAGAGUUUUACAUGAAAACUCUCAAUCCUCGAACCAGGCAGAAGGACUGGAAAACAAUGUACGAAAACGAUAUCCACCAGGAUCACAGUAAAUUUACUUUCGCAGUCAAGGAUCAGAAAAUUAUGGAUAUUUCUAUUUGCUCAAGUAGCCAGAAAAUUGCUGCCUGUACCAAGAAUGGGAACAUCAUGGUAUGGAAGUGGACCGGCGAAGUUUUGAUUGAUCAAAUUUCAAUGGCAGGCAAUUCAACGUUAAACUGCAUUGUGUUCACGAUAUCCAGUACGAAACUUCAUACAGUCAACCUAGAAACAGGAGCUUUGACUAUGUAUGACGCUACGCACGGCAAUUACGUGACACAAUGUACCCUCUCCUCUGAGAUGGUAAAAGUGAUAUCACUCCUCUCUGUUCCGGGGGUUGCCAAUAUUAUGAUUGGCUUGUUGGAUAAAAAAUUAUUUUCCGUCACCUGGAAACUUGACGAAAUCACAGGCUAUCCGACAUAUAACGAAUUUGCCGAACUUGCCGAUGAAUCGGUGACAUAUACUUGCGCAGCGUUGACUCAAGAUGGCCGGUACGUCAUCACUGCGGACACUGGCUGCUCCGUUACUGUUCACAGUCUUCGAAACGGAUAUAAAACAAUAAAAACGUACAAGAAAUGUGUUACUAGCCUUGAUACUCAGUGGCUAGAGAAUGAACGCUGUCACAUGAUCUGUGCCGGCAGUCGUGAUACACUUGUGCCAAUGGUCCACAGGUGGAGAUUUGACCCUACGGAGAAUCCUGUUUCUCAAAGACUGCCCCUGUUUGACGCAAUUGUCGAAUCAGUUGAGAAAAAUAUUAUUGCUGUAGCGACAUCCAAUAGAACAGUGCAGAUUAUUCAAAAUGACAAUGUUAUCGCCGAGGCACCAUCGGUUAACGCGAAGAUAACUAAUAUAAUGUUUUUUGAAGACAAAAAUCGAGUCGCUUAUGCGACUGAAGGGGGUCAAAUAUUCUUGUUUGACUUAAAACACAAACAUUGUGAUCAAAUAUUGCAAUUGUCGUAUUCCGUGAGAUUUAUGACUAUACUCGGAAUCGAGGAGAAAAAUGUAAUCGUGUGCAAUAAUGGACCCGCGGAUUUGCAGAUCUGGGAGGGUCCUGAGGAUAACCAAUUAAUUGAAAAUAGCGGAUCUGUGAUAUUUUCCAAAUAUUUAAAAAACGUGAAACACGUGUUAACCGUAGCCAACGAAGUUGCAAAACUAUGGGACCGGAAAUGGCGGCUUCGAGUUAAGUACGUGCCGACAAAGAUGCGUAAAGUGAGCUGCUGCUCUCUCAGCGACGAGGAGAAUUAUUUAGCACUAGCCAACGCCUCGGGAUGUCUCACUAUUUGCAAACUGGUGCCUAAGAAAGUUGGUAACACUAUAGCGUUUCAAGAAAAUACCGUCCAAAAUUUGCCUGAUGAAAUAACAGCCUGUAAUUUUUCACCCAACGGAACUUUACUCGCUGUCGGAAUGAAAAGGGGUAAAAUUAUGAUAAUUGAUGGAAAAUCUAGUAAGGAGAUACAACUAUUAGAUCUCCAUCGUCGAGCUGUAAAACAGCUAUAUUGGGGACCUUCGAGCCUCAACGAACAGAUUCUUCUCUCUUUGAGCAACGAGAUGGCCUGGUGGAACAUAUCUCGAAUUGGUGAAAGCUCGUCGCAGAAUAAUAUAGCAGGUUCUAAUCGACAAAUUAGUCAAAGCUACACAGACCUGACGGUUUCGUCUAAUUUGAAUGUAACCACUGAUCCCAAUUUACCUCGCGAGCCUUUGAAGAAUAGCCAAAGUUUUCAAUUCAGUAGCGUUAUACAAGAAUCUGAAAAUAAAUCCUUGAACAACAACCAUGAUGAUGCUACUGAAGAGGUAUCAAAUUCAACUGGCAGUGCGGUUUCAGCUUAUUCGUCGGAACAGGACACAAAUGAGAUUAACGGCAAUGGUCACAACUCUCCUUCCUUCUGUUGGUCUGAUAAACGGCCAAAAGAUUUCGAUACACCCGGUUUGUUGAGCGUUAUUAAACUUGACGGUAAUUUAGCGACUAAUGUAUGCAUUUCAAAAAACUUUAAAAGGUUCAUUACCAUUGAUGGCGAAGGCUCAAUUUAUAACCUGGCUGUUAUUGAAAAAAACGGAAUGAAUAAACAUGUCACCAUUUCAUAACAAUCGAUGACAACUGCCGUUAACAACGGUGGGCAUCGGUUGAAACCAAUUUUAUUGUAUUUAGUUCACAAUAUCGCAUCCCAUUUCCUCAGAUUUAUAAUACUUGGUAUAAAAUCACCGCUUCUGAGGUAACGGUGUGAUUACUAUAAUUUUUUUUAAUCAUUGAAAUCUUUUUUCUAAUCUCUAGCAGUUUUAUACAAAAAAAAAAAAAUUAUUCAAAAAUACACAGCAUCAUUCAUUUCUAGUUUUCUCAUUAAAACUAAAACAGAGAAAGAAAGAAAAGAGUCUUACUAUUUUCAAUAAUCUCUUCAAUCUUAAUCACAAAUUACUUUUUACCACUGCCGAUACGUAUUUCGAACAGUCAGAUUCAGUUUAUUUUUUUCUCCCAAUUUUUUUUCAUGAACAAAUUACAUUAGCCAUUGAUUUAUGUAUAUAAUACUGUAUUACCUCAUUGUAUGGUGCAUUUAUUUUAUUCUUAGUACUUUUGAUAUAAAGUUUUCCUUUGGAAACUCUAUUUGUACACAUUCUAAUCAAUCCUUUUUGGAUAAUGUAUACUUUUUACUUGUAUUUUACACUUGAUUUUGAAUAAUUUUUUUACUGCUCUUGUCUAGGGUAAGAUUAUUAAAAGUAAAUGAAACAAAAAGAAAAACAUUGUGAUAUAUACAUAUAUAUGUAUAUACAGAUACGCAUACAUAUAUAAAUAUGUAUAAUAUA